UGAUUUUUAACCAUUUGUAGUCCAACAAAUGGUACAAGCAGCUGUUUUUUAUAUGUUUACACAUCUGUGUGUAUACGAGCGGUUCUGUUUAUUUACAUUCAUUUGAAGAAUAUUCAAAUUAAUCUCAAGAAUUAUAAAAAGUAGCGAAAUGGUUAUACCUUCGGCUGAAAAGCUUGCAAGGCUAGCGUUCCAACAAUUUCAGCUAUUACCAAAAACUGGAAAACCAACAACGGAAGAGUGGACAAUCCUUUCGGCCAUACUCACACACGAUACUACAAAAGAGACUACUGAAGUCGUAGCUAUUGGCUGUGGCACUAAGUGUGUAGGUAAAAGUAAACUUUGUAGUGGUGGUCUAAUUCUAAAUGACUCUCAUGCAGAGGUACUGGCCAGACGUGCGCUUCUGCGCUAUAUUUACCAUCACUUGAAGCAAGCGAUACAAACCAACGUGAAUGAUGAAUGUAUUUUCCAUUGGGAUCCUGAAAAUACUGACUUUCGAUUACGACCAGAUCUAAGUUUUCAUUUUGUUAGCACACAGACACCUUGUGGUGAUGCCUGUAUUCGAAAUGCAGUUGAUGAAGAGACAAAUACAAAAGAAAGCAGUGUCGGAGCCACUCUACCAAAACUACGAAAAAUUAACAAUGAAAAUGAAAAGGAUCCACUCAACUUCGACGAUAAUGUAGGAGCUCUUUUAGAAACAACUCCGAAUACUGCAAUCUACACUGGAGCGAAAUUAAUUGGUUUGGCAGAUCAACAGGAUGCAAUGCAACAAAAAAUCGGCGCAAUGAGAACAAAACCAGGGCGCGGAGACCGCACAUUAUCCAUGUCAUGUAGCGACAAGUUGGCGCGUUGGAAUCUGCUUGGGCUGCAAGGAGCUCUGCUGGACGCAUUACUUGCGCAACCUAUUUACUUGGAAACAUUGACAUUUGUUGGUGGUGCAGAAAAUGAAGAAGCCAUAAGACGUGCAAUAUAUGAACGCUUUAUUGAUAAAGAUUUCAAAACUGCCAAAUAUAAAAUGCAGAAACCAAAAAUAAGAUUUGUUGAAACUGUCUCCUUUGAAUACGCUGAGAAUGAUAACCGAAAAAAUCCAUCGCCCUCUGGUAUAUCAUGGUGCAACAUUUCUGAACAUUUAAAACCCUACGAAAUAUCUGUAAAUGGUAAAAGACAAGGUGUUACCAGGAAAAAGUUAAACACACCACAAGCUGCGUUGAGAAUUAGCAAAUACCAUCUUUUGCAUGAAUUUGUGGCAAUUUUACGUUUGGAACCGAAACUGAUGGAAAAGCUACAAAUCGAUGAAAACGAGCUUAACAAUUUAAAAUACCAACAAUAUAAACAAUUGGCAAAGGAUUAUCAAGUAGCUUGGACGUUGGCCAAACAAAACUACUUUUCACAAUGGACUCAGAAGCCGCUGAAUUUACUGGAAUUUGGUUUGGUUGCCGUGGAAAAAUAAUAAUAAAAACACUCGAUUUAAUUGAAAUUUGGUCAAGUCAUUUAUUUGUAUGUAUAAUGUCACUAUAUAUUGGUUGUGUGUAUGAAUGUAAUAAUAAAUAUAUUUGUGAUAAGUGUACAACUGUAUAAAUAUUACUAUGUACAAAAUAUGCUUACCCUCAGCUGAAAUGGAUUUUUGUUUCAGUUUUAAUAUUCGGAACAUCAAAUUUCAUAUCUCAUUCUCGUGCAUGAUUUUAACAGCAAAGCAAGACUAGUAUUCUUUCAUUUUAGUGUCAAUUAAUUCAGUUUAUACAAUAUAUACUGUUACUUUUCAAUAUGCUAAAACACACAGAAGCGCCAAUUUUUUUAAUACAUGCUUAUUGUGUUUUUUCUUUAUUUAAUGCAUUUUUUUUUUUGCACAUUUAAAAUUUUUUUAACUUCAAAGCUUUUAAAAGCACAAAUAUUACAGUUGUUUAUAAUUUUGUAUUCAAAUAUAUUCAUACUUAUUAUUUAUUUAUUUUGCAUAUGUGUACUGUUAGAAUUAUAAUCAUAUAAUUAUCCUUUAAAUAUUUAAUGCAAAGUGUUUGAAUUUUUGGUGUUGUUUGGCGUGAAUUGAAAAAAAAAUACUUAACCUCCAAAUAAAAGAAAUGAAAUAAUUUUAAAGUUUGUUUUUUAUUGAAAUUUAAUCAAUUUAAAAUAGAUACAAUUUCGUUGAUAAUAUAGACGCUUACAAACGAGUUUAACAAAUAAAACUAAGCACAUACAUGCAUAAACACGUAUGCAUAAAAAUAUAUUCGUAAAAUUGAAACAACACAACUCCAAAGGAAGUUAACGAAAUUGUUAAAAUAUAAAAAAUCCUAUAGAAAAUUAAAAUUAUUUUUUUUUACAAAUUUGUCAUAAAAGCAUGAAAAAUUAAUAAAAAUAAAAAAAUAUAUUUUAACGCUAUUAUGUAAAAGGCCCCAAAAACACAUAUAUUUAACAUACUAAAUAUGUUACAUGCAGUUUUUUGCAAUUUAAUAGUUUGAAAGAUGCUUUAAAUGUUCUGCAAAGUAAUUUUAAAUUGUAUUUUUGAAAACGAUGUCAUUAUUAUUUUAUUUAUUCUUGCUAUAUUUUGUAGGCGUAUCAGAAAAAAAACAGAAAACGUUUAUUAUCUCUCAGCCUAAGUUAUAAUAAAUUUAAUUUGAUUAAAACAUAUUUAUAAGUCUACUGUCAAUAAUUGUAUGUAUUUUAUUAUGUCAUACUUGAUUGAGGUCUUAAUGUGCCUAUAAACUAAUUACAUGUAAGUAAUAAAACGUUGAAACGUCUUUUUGGUUAGUUUUUUGUUUACGGAUAUUGUUUACUCGACCGGAGUUUGAGUUUUAUCACUGUACGUAAUGCUUAAGCUACAACUACACAUUCACUUUUAUGUGUAUAAAUUGAAAGCAGAAAUUUCGUAAAGUUAUCGGUAAGACAUUUAAGCACUUAGCUGCUAAAAGUUGCCCACAACUAGA